AGUAAAUAGAACCCUGGAGCACGAGCCGAGUGUCGACGCUGACGUCACGGUCCUACACUGAGAGCUCGAGCUGAGUUGUAAGCGCGAGCUCAGACUGAGGCGCGCCGCCGAAACGGACACUGUAAAAAUGGUCUUCGGUUGGUAUGACUCCGCCGUCUUCUGAGGGGAAAAUAUCGCUGUCUGCUUCUCUGCUUGUGGGCUAUUUCUUCCUCGCAGCGACGUAAACAAACCAACGGACAUUUUGGAUAGUGUGCUCUUCGGGGUAACAACAUGUCCUCCGCGGCAGUCGCUGCCUCCAGAAGGCAGUCCUGCUAUUUGUGCGAUUUACCCCGCAUGCCAUGGGCAAUGAUCUGGGAUUUUACCGAGCCCGUUUGUCGUGGAUGCGUCAACUACGAGGGCGCCGAUCGGAUUGAAUUUGUAAUUGAGACAGCACGUCAGCUGAAGAGGGCACACGGCUUUCAGGAGGGCCGUUCUCCAGGCCCAGGGAAGUCCCAGCACGCCGGGAAGGAGAUGAACCACUCAACAGGGGACCCGGGCUCACGUCCGCCGCAGCCUCUGGACCGAUAUCCGCUGUCCGACCGGCCGCCCCGGUUAGGACCGGAGUACCAAGCGGGCAGGCAGACCAACGGGCUCCCCAUGCCGAACGGAUUUCCAAAACCCGAUGAACCCCCGGAGCUCAACCGCCAAAGCCCCAACCCCCGCAGGACUACUACAGUUCCUCCCAAUCUGGUGCCUUUGAUGAACGGAGGCAUACCGACCGUGCAUCCUCUAAACGGCCGCCCGGGUCAGAUGAGUCUGCCCGGGGCUCUGGUCGUGCCUGGACCUGGCGAUCACGGGAAGGAUCUGAAAGAUAAACAUAGGCCGGAGAGCCUGUUGGACAUGUCGGACAGCCAUAAGGACUGGAUGGUGAAAGGUAAAACGGUGCGGGACUUGAUGGCGCUGCACACUUUCGACAGCAGGUUUAAGAAGGACCACGCGGCCAUGCAGCGCGUGCUGGCGUACGAGGCGAGCGCCACUUCCUCUAAAACGGACAGGGUGAAGCAUGCUCGCCCUGUGAAGAGGAAGGCGUCUCCAGAACCAGACAGUGAAGGCAGCGCCCCCAAAAUGAACGGUGGUGAGGGCCAACCAUGGAUCCCCUCACCUUCCGAGGUCCUGAAGAUGCCCCAAUCUUCUCUGCCAGGCUAUUCAGCAGCCCCUCCCUCCACCAUAUCCCCCCAUUCCCGCACCACGCCCCCCGAAGCCGCCACAGCACAGAACGGCCAGUCCCCCAUGGCGGCACUCAUCCACGCCACCGACAACGCAGGCAGCACGGGCUCACCGAAGGACGGCAACCAGGUACACUCCACCACGGCGGGGGCUCGGAGGAACAGUGGUAGCCCCCUGUCUCCCUCCUCAGCCUCUCAGAGGAGACUGGCCCACAGGGAGGGGCCUGUAAGCACCAACCCUUCUGCUCCACAUGUGACGGGCGGCAUGGAUUCCCAUGUGCCGCCUCCAGCUCAGAGCAUUCCGGACUCCUCCGUGCCUCCCGGCAGCGUGCCGCUGUGCUGCACUCUGUGCCACGAGCGGCUAGAGGACACACACUUCGUCCAGUGCCCGUCAGUUCCCUCCCACAAGUUCUGCUUCCCCUGCUCCCGAGAGAGCAUCAAGCAGCAGGGCGCCACCGGCGAGGUGUACUGCCCCAGCGGCGAGCGCUGCCCGUUGGUCGGCUCCAACGUGCCCUGGGCCUUCAUGCAGGGGGAAAUAGCCACCAUCUUGGCUGGAGACAUAAAAGUGAAAAAGGAGAGGGACCCUUGAAGUGCCCACCAGCGCUUUUUCUUGAUCUGCAGGACAUAAAGUAAACAAAUCGCUCAGCUUCAGAGAAACUGAUUGACAUGUACAUAACCACAUGACAUGGACGCAAAGGAAGUGUGUACUUCGUAAACAUGGCUGUAAAAUUUUUUGAUUAUUCUUUUUCAGUACGUUGUGUUUCUAUAUUUUGAAGAUAAAGAGGUAUGUACUCUUCCCCACCUCAUUGUUUCUGUGUACCCUAGGUCUGGAGAACCCCUGUCAAACAUAGAAUGUGACUAAUUUGAGCACUUGGCUAAAAAAAUAUUAAUACAAAAAAAAAAGAAAAUAUGCUUCUAGCUGUACAUGUAUGCACUUGUUUAAGGAUUUAAAAAAAAAAAAACUUGCCAAAUACAGUUUCACAUCUUGUAAUAACACA